UAGAACAGUGUGAAAAUAUGGUUUAUUUCCUUGCAACGAAUGCGUAGAACUCACGCAUAGAGGGUUUCAGUGAUUACGCGGCCUUAAAUUACUCACGCGAAACGGUGGAUUGAUAACAGAGUGUACACGAUGCGUUUCACUACGGUUGCCUUCGCUUUGAUCGUGUUUAUUGUGGUGUUUUCGAUAUUUGUUGCGAACCUUGCCAACUUGAUCGGCAUCGACAAGCAGCUGAGUAACCGGCUAGAUGCCGCAUCGCACGAUGGACAUCAGCGGCAACCCAAACAGCUGAAGCUGGAUGAUCAGCACAACCAUUUGAUGUGGUUUUUACAAGUGUCUGAUAUACAUAUCAGUAUGUAUCUGGAUCCGGCCCGUGUCCCCCAGCUGGUUGAGUUUUGCAAUCGCACUGUCGACAUUAUAGCACCAUCGGUCGUGCUGGCAUCCGGUGAUCUUACCGAUGCGAAAACGUCCAACUUUCUCGGGUCCCAGCAGCACGAACAGGAAUGGCGCUGGUAUCACGAAGUGUUGCGCGACACAAACGUGCUAAACAAAACGGUAUGGCUUGACAUCCGGGGCAAUCAUGACAAUUUCAAUGUGCCCGCCUUGCAGACGCGCCAGGAUCUGUUUACGAACUAUUCGGCGCAAGGCAAAUAUCAUACCCGAUCGUACAUGCAUCAACUGACGGCUGGAGGCGAACGAUAUGCGUUCAUUGCGGUAGAUGCCUGUUUGGAUCCUGGUCCUAAGCGGCCCUUCAACUUUGUCGGGAUGCUGUCGCGCAAUGAAACGCAACAUCUGAUAAAUCUUGCCGAGCGGUCGCGUGAACUCGAAACGAAUUAUACCAUCUGGUUCGGACACUAUCCUACUUCGUGCAUUCUUACACCGGGAUUAGGUACGGGUGGAAUCCGUAAUCUGAUCGGUCGGUAUCGGGAAGCUUAUGCGUACCUUUCAGGCCAUUUUCAUACCCUUGGGGGAGCUGUACCGCGCAUGUAUACCCUGCAGGAGGAAGGCUUUCUUGAGCUGGAGCUUGGCGAUUGGAUGCGUAACCGACGCUAUCGCUUAGCUGCGUUCGAUCACGGUCUCUUCUCGUUUGUCGACAUCCAUCAUAACCAGUGGCCGGUGGUUCUGGUGACAAAUCCGAAGGAUGCGUUGUUUAACAUUCCAGGAAAGGAAGAUCUUCGUACGAUAAUGGAUUCUACGCAUAUACGCAUGCUUAUCUUUUCUCCAGCCAAGGUUGUAGAAUGCCAGGCAAAAAUAGACGGUGGCAGUUGGCAAGAUUGUAAACGAGCCAGCCACCAACUAUUCGUAGUGCCCUGGGAACCGAGCCGCUACAAGCGUGGACUUCAUAAGCUGCUGAUCUACGUGCUAGACGCGGAUGGCAGAAGCCGUGUGGUGGAGCAACAGUUCACCCUAGACGGGUCGCGGUUGAAGUUCGAUUUUCUCGCGAAACUGGUGCUGAUGUACGAUACGAACAAGCUGUUCCAGACAUUCUUCAGUGUGGCGUUGAUCAUUUAUCUGGUACCGUUGUGUGUGUUUCGGAUAUGGCAUACACUCGUCAGAAAAGGUACUUUGUCAAGGCCCCGACUCCGUACCGUAUGCUGUGGAGGAUGGAUUCGAAAGAUGUGGAUUUUAUCGACCGUGGAUCGCCUAAUGUUUCCCAUUGUAGGGUACUGUCUGUAUCUAACCUGCGGACCAUGGUCCAUCGGAGAAGUCAUCGAUGGUCACGUGGGAGUGGUUUUUGUGUGGGGUAUUUUUGUGAAUAAUGCUUUUCUUCCCGGAACACUUACAUAUCUGUACGGGUUCUUUCAAUUGAUGCUCUGUCAACUACCGUUGACCAUCAUAUUUGCCAACAACGUUGUACGAUGCUUUUAUCGUCGAUCGGGAGAGAGGAACUACGGAUGGAUGAUGGCGCUGUGGAAAAAUUCUGCAUUUAUUCUCAUUAUGACCGUAGAAGUAUUGCUGGCGGCAAUAUUUUGGAACUCGUACGGAUUGCUCGCGUUCAUCAUAACACCACUUCGGGCCUGGUCGAUAUUGUUAAAUUUGAUUCUGUGGUACCAAUCGCGUUACAUUCCGGAAAAAUGUCUACGAUCCGCAUCAGCUGUUUGGUCGUCAUCUGAACCAAAACUUGCUUCGUUAUCUCAUUAACCCUGUCGGAAGCGAACUGACAUCGUACAGAAAAGCUCUCCCGUAUCAACAAUAAUUUUUUGGGUAUUAUUUUUAGUUGUGGUUUUCCAUCCACUUUAAAUAUUCCUCGACUGCACGUUGCCUUCUCUAGUCUGAAGCUGUAUUCAGCUGGUAUCACAUUCGUGCUACAUGUCGUUUGGUCGAAUUUAAAUCAACCAAAUCGUAUGUGACAACCUCAAACUGAUUAGCAGUAAUUGCGGUCACAAUUUUCCACCCCAUCGCACCUCUAGUCAUUAUCAUUGUCAAAAACAAUCAAUUUAAAGCACAGGGAGCACACAUUGUACGAUGAUCACGCUUCUUGUAACUACUACAAAUCGUUACUUAACUCGUAAUAUUGAGUUUGUCUGAGGAAUGGAAAUCAAAAUCGAUUAGAAUAUAAUUAUUGCAACAACCACCGUCACAUUACCAAAAAGAAAAGAAAAGCUAGAGAUUGAAAUUAUCAAUAUAUUGCAAUUUUUUAUAAGCAAUAUUCAACAUAUUGCUGUAGAUUGUGUACACGAUGUUAGCAAGAUGUAUAGGAAUUCUAGUGAAAUAUGUUUGAUAUGUACUGCUAGAGUACCAUGGAUGUAUCUGUAGAAAAGUAUUAAUUCGUGACUGGUGUUUUCGUCUGUGUACUAACUAACAUUUUUGUAAAUAGUGGCUUUUUUGUUAAAAAUAUACUGUACAACUGUUGUGAAAGACUAAUAAAAUGUACCUGUC